AUGGAUACGACAGAAUCGCAUAAACGAAGCUUAAUUGCUGAUCGCGAGCCCUACUCGAGGCAACCUUCGCCUCAUCCCGCAGAAGACCCAUUUUCUUUCGCGAGUUUGGUCACCGGUUGGGAUGGUUUUCAAGGCCAAGCUCGAUAUCCCACUGGAACGCGGCAUAAGAUUGGCGAAAACCGUUUCUUGAUCUUCAAUCUAUGCGACUCCCUAAAACGAUCAACGUUGCAUAAUGGGAACGGCCGCCAGCACACCCUUCAGUGGAAUCAUCCAGGAAAUAAAUGUACUGGAACACCUGGGCCGUAUUGGAGCCUGAGCACCGAGACUCAACGGGAGACAAUCUUUGUCAAUCCUGCUGAAAACUACUACUACAUGAAAGCUUUUCUUGUUAAUUUAAUUUACGAUAGAAUUUGUCGAAGGGGUGUGUGGGGCAGAGCACCUGGAGGAACCUGGCAAAUCAAGGCCCACAAGAAGCCAGUACAAUACCAGAACUUCUACAGAUCUGAAGUCUUUUGCAGUACCGCUGGGUCUGGAGGGUUCCGGAAGCCGCGGGUCCUAGAAAAUGGGGUUGCGAUUAGAAAAACAAGGUUCGGGUUUGAAGGAGUUGCCCUAUUCUGUGACGGGUGGUCAACGUUGGUCACAAUAUGGUAG